AACAGCGUAAACAGCUCCCAGUUUUUUACGGGUGAGCGACAGCGAACUGCGGAUGUGUAGUGAUUUCGCGUUGGUUUCUUGCAGUUUCAUGUAGUUUUGCGAAUUAAAUUGCCUUGCCAAUGAGUUCGAUUUCAACGCGUAGCUAGCUUCUCCCAUCUUUGUUCCGAAGUGAAUCUCGUCGCGUAAUUUUCAGUGAAAAUCCAUUGUUUGCCUGCAGAUGAGAAGUGGUGUAACUUGGCUAAGCAACACAAGCAUGGCCUCUCGCCCUGCCUUGUUCCAGUGAGUUUAUGUGCAAAGAAUAUGUCUUUAGUGCUGAGAGUGUUGUGAUCGUGCAGUUUUCUUCAAAAUUCCCAUGAAAUUCGAUAUGGAGUCAUUCCGGAAGUGGUUCUACAAGCCCAAGAAGGACGACACUUCCUUGCUGGCGCAGUUCUUCUACGCGGACGAGGCGCUUAACUUCGUGGCGGCCGCCUUGGACAGCUUCGACGGGCGCGAGGAUCCCGACCGCUGCACCGUCCUCGUCAACCACCUCCGCCAGUGCCAGGAUAAGGUCCUGACGAUUUGCAAUAAAAUCAUGGAUGAGCUCAUUCCGAAUGAGAGGGCCGAUCGUGACUUUCGAGCUAAGUUCCCGGAUGACGUCAUGCAGGACAAUCUGGCGGGUCAGCUGUGGUUUGGAGCAGAGUGCCUGGCUGCAGGAUCAAGUAUCUUAAACCGAGAGAAUGAAUCAUCCGCCAUGCGCCCUCUGGCAAAAGCGUUGACCAAAUCGCUGGAGAAUGUGCGGACACUGUUGCGCGAACACAGCUUGCGCUCAAACUCACUCCACCAGCUUAACAUGUUCAACGAGUUAUAUGCUGACAGGCUAAUCGAGUCAUUGAAGAUGUUCGAUCAUCUGCUCGCAGAGUUUGAGCUCUGCUAUGUUUCUGCGAUGGUCCCCGUCAAAACUGCCCAUGAAUAUCAGCUCCAGCAGUUGGUUAUUGUUCUAUUCUCAGAGACUUUACAGAGAGCAUUAAAGUUAGGAUUACUAUCUCAAGAUCAAAUCGACCAGUACGACCCAGCUCUCAUGUUGACCAUUCCCCGACUGGCAAUAGUUUGCGGUCUUCUUUUUUACACGGAAAGUUCAUUGUGCCUUGAUGGACCUCCCUCCGACAUGUCUGAAAUGUUCCGUCCUUUUCGAACCCUGUUGAUGAAAAUUCGGGAAUUGUUAUGGACCUUAAGUGACAAAGAGCUUUAUACGUUAGAAAAAAUGUUGUGUUCCUCAAGUGAUAAUACUCCGCCUUCCUCAUUCGCUACUCUCAACAAACCCAGCGAGGAGGAAUCUGGUUGGCAAGACAGCUACACGGAAAACUCAGAAUGUGAAACUAUGAAGAGCUCCAUAAAAGAUGACUCAGUCCAGCCAACUCCCUUCUCCAGCCACCGGGAAUCCUUCACCCCGAAAUCAUCAAGCCUUAACCUCAAUUUCUCAGACAAUCACUGCCCGUACCCCUGCGAUGUCGAAAACACCCCUGGAAUUGCAUGCACUUCAAAUAUCGACACUUCAUCCAUACGAAUAGACUACGAUCCGGCAGAAAAGUGUUUCGUCCUUCUAGAAAACUCAGAUGACGAUCGGAGCACAUCCUUGCGGCCAGAUGACGGGAGUUGGUCGGACACGGACGACCAAUCGUGCAAUACAGUAUUAAACCUCUCUUGUAAAUGUAGACUAGAUGAUGCCACGGCGUCAAAUAUCUGUGAUAGUUGUAACUGUAAUCAACCACCCGAAGGCUGUGCAAUCCCCGAAUCGGCGGGUGGUUUUUUUAACGCAAACAAGGUCCGCCAGGAGACCCCAAGGCAGGACCUGCCCCAGUCAGAAUCGUUGCCAGACGGCGAUCCAAAGUUAGCGAUGUCGUUGGCCACUGAAACAUUGUCAAGCAUCCUUAAUAAUGAUCUUGUGCCUGACUCAGGUGUGUGCACACAGACAAAUUCCGAAGGUGAUGUUUCAUCUGCAGACCGAACGCCGGACAAAGAGGAGGUCCCUGUCUCAUCCGUUUGUAACCUAGGAACUAGUCCUGAUUACUUCACUGCCGACUCCGAUUCCUCGCAAGCUGGACCAGCUGAAGAGAGAUCUUCGUCUUUGCAUUUAACCAAUCUCCAUUCCAUCGAGUGUUCAUCGCAAAGUGGCGUUUCAGACAGUAUUCCACGUGACUCCAGUCUUGAAAGUUCUCAUCCUAGCGGAAUCUCCGACGACUUAGUCAAAAAAGCGUCGCUAGAUUACAACAAAAUUUCCGAGGAUUUAAGGUGGGUUUCACAAAACCCUGAUGCAGAGUCCUCCUCUAAGUACGAUGAUUAUUUAGACAAUGUUGAUAGGAAUCUCGGCAAGAGUUUCGACUCGAAUAAGAACCUGUCCAAAGUUCUUUUGAAUCAUUCAAACUCAGUCACGAGUGUUAUUUUGAAUCACAAAGUUCAGCCGGAGAUGGAAAGCGAUGAAUCAUCUUCGAGGGAGAUGACACCUCAAGGGCGCAAACUUCUGGAAGAGAGUAUUCUCGGGGUGAAAAAGGCUGCUUCUAGAUACAGCAAGAGUAGCAGUGAAGUCAUGAGUAGUAGCGUAUCCUCUUCUUGCUCAUGUUCCAGUAGCUCUUAUCCGAGUAUGUCUGUCACAAGCAGUUGCAGUGUUCACAGUAGUGAUACGUCCUCCUUCGACUCUGAAUUCCAAGACUAUGAAGAAAUAGCCCUAGCAAUGCAAGCGUCUCGCCUUUCUCACAAAAGCGGCGUUCGAGCAAAAUUCAGAUCCAGUGAAGAUUUAAUCCAUCGCUUGUUUGUGUGCAUUGCGGGAGUUGCUGACCAAUUGCAGACAAACUUUGCAGCGGAUCUUCGUAACAUCUUAAAGUGUGUCUUCCUCAUGAAUGCAUCGCUCAUGAGUGAAACAGAAAGUAUCGUAGAAGAACCAAUUACCAAUGCAGAGGAACAUCCUGGUGAUCUUCACCGAGAUAGCAUAGAAGACGGAGAGGAAGCCUUGAGCUGGCGCGAUGAGUCGAAUUCUCCAAAUGGUAGACGCAGAGAAGACUUGGAAAUUGCCCCAGCAUGGGUGCCAGAUGAUCUUGCGCCACAUUGUAUGGCGUGUGAUGCAUCUUUCACUGUGGUACGCCGCAGGCAUCAUUGUAGAAAUUGUGGGAAGGUAUUCUGCGCACGGUGUAGUUCAAACUCAGUGCCUCUUCCACGAUACGGUCAUGUGAAACCUGUUCGAGUGUGCAACCGAUGUUUUAUCUACCAAGUCACCCCGUUCACUCUCACUGCAAUAAGCUCUUAACAUUCCAUCUCACGCUUCGGCAUGCUUAGUCCCAUAAUCAAGUCAUUUUUCUACUGUUUUUCUAGUACCUCUUCUUUUGUAUCCUACCUAGCUAUUCCAAAUCGUCAAUCUCAUUUUGUAUUUUUAAUCGUAUCAUAGGAGCAACCAAUCUCUUGGUAUUUAUUUUAUGUUUUUGAAGUUGUUUUCGUAUCUCAAACCACAGGAUAAGGCUUUUACACUCAAUGUUUUUUGCCAGGCCUUAAAAUUGUGAUUAAAAUUUUUGACUUUAAGUUUUAUGCUCGGAUUCUUUUGUUUCAAUCUGCUGGAUAACAUCAAAAUGGUCUCUCGGUCAAGGUAUAAAAGCUUGCUAGGAGCUAGAAGUACCCUUUCUAACUCCUGAAAACUAUCUGUUGCGGAGAUAAUAAUGAUUUCUCUUUUAGUUCACAUAACUAUAUAUUUUUGUGAGAAUGCGUCACAAAAACUACAUUAGCUGAAAGUUUGCAACAUUCAGCUUCUUUCACACUUCCCCAAGCUUUAUUAUCAUGAAAUUUAUUACAAAUUUCUCUCAAGAUUGCCUUGGGGAAAAAGCUUUUUGAAAGAUGCAGAAUGCCCCAUCAAUAGGAAUGUGAAUUUCAGAUUUUGAGGAUUUUUCUUUUUAAAAAAAUGAGUGCUCAAGAAUUUCUGGCUUUUUUUAUCAAUCGUCCUGAUACGUGUCAUUUUGUGCUUGUUUUUCGUGUAAAAUCCAUGUGUAUGUUUUUAAUUAUGACGCUGAAAUGUUAUUUGUUGCUUAAAAUUGUCUUCAGUUUCUAGUGCAGUGUCCCUAUUGUUUUUUUUUAUCCAAAAAUUCCAAUAAAAUAAAAAGGGGAUGAAGUAUAAAAUUCAGUGCAAGGUGAGCAAUCACAAUUCCAUUCCAAGCUGUGUGAAUAUUUUUCAAUAAAAAUAUAUUGUAGCGAAUCAGCCAGGGAAAAAAUUUACUACUUUGAAUAUUAUCACCAGAAAGUGGAACUUGCGUAUGGAGGAAGUUUUCGGAAAGUUAGUUUGUAUACUUUUAGUUUGUAAACUUUUCAGAUAAAUUGUGCUUCAUCAUUAAGACUCGGGAAUACUUCUUCGAUGCAUUUCUGUCUUACAUUUACCUCGGUGUGAGUUCAAAAAAGUCGAAAACUUAUUUGGCUAUCGUCAGUGGAGGAAUGGAUUAGCUGUUUUAUUAUUAAGAUCCUAUUUUUAACGAUGAAGUAGUUUUACAUAACACAUUUGAGCUUGAGCACCAUUUAUAUGAUGCCAUCAUCUGAGAUAUUUCUCCCUGAGAAACACAAAGAUGAUGCCAUCUGUGCACAUCUUUAGAUCUUAUUUUGGUCUUCAACAGCUGUUUUACGUGAAUUAUCAAUGCUCCAUAAUUUUGAAUACAUUCACCAUUGAGAAGAGAAAAAAAUUGAAAAAUAAAAAGAAAUGCUUAAAGUUCAGUAUGGAUGAUACCAAAGUAGAAGAAAUUGUGGUGUACAAUAUUAUAGUAAAUGAUGGCAUCAAUCAUAUUUUUGCCAGUUAUACCUCCCUUAAUAAGGAACAUAAAAAUGUUGCAUUUGGAUUACUAAAACUGCAUAUUCUAUGAAAAUUCAUAAACAUCACUCCCAAAAGAUUCUUCCGAUCUUUUCUAAUUUCUCUCCUGUCAUUUAAUGGGUCAACCUUUCAUAUACAUGUAUUGCGCAAGGAUCAUCCAAAUUUCUUGACCUUUACAGCCUUUUUUUCCCCUUGGUCCGGUUUAAUUAUUCACAUUCAGCCUCCUCCUUUUUCAUCACAGGUUUUAGUUAACCAGAUUGGUAGGGAUUUUCUUUUUCAAGGUAGUGAAACAACCAAUAAUUGUAACUGGCCGCAAAUGAAUCCUGUGUUUUGAUGGUCAGUUUUCUUGCUCUCUGUUUUACGCUUACGGCUUUGUGAAUAUGUAUAUGUGUAUGUAAAUAUGUACAGGAAAGGAUUUCAAGCACUAGUGGAAAUUAAUCUUUGAGUUAAAAGAUUUUCCAAGUUUUAAUCAAAUUCCUUUUUCUUUUUGAUUUCGAGGAACAAUGCUUUUGUUAUGUUUUAGUUUUAAUUUACACACCACAAUCAUUUCCUCUCGGCUUACUGUCUCAAGUGAUAUACUCUGAGGAAAUUUUCUCAUCUUCACAAUCACUGAUUUGUUGAGGAUUCAUUUUUUCUGUACUGUCAAGUAAGGAAAGCCUGCUUUUUGUUCGGUGUAGUAACUUGUUGAAUCUAUAUGAUGAAAAGUUCAUCACUUUUAAAAGCCGUACAAUGAAUCUAUGUUAAGCUGAAUUUGUCCAAACCAAAGAAAGGUUGAUUUUUAAAAUUUUUAUUUAUGUUCUUUUUAUUCAAACUUUUUUUUUUUUUUUAAAUUUUAAAACUUAGUGCAUUUUUGGAGGCAAGUUGUGACAGUUUCCUGUGGACUUUACAGAAUAGAAAUAGUGUCACCAUCGAUUGUUUUUUAUGUCAGAAUUUUAGCCGUCUCAAAACUUAAAUGAUUUGCGUGUACAGGUUGAUUGGACCACGGGACAAGGUGUGAAUUGAAGCAUUAUAAUUUAUGUUUUCUCAUUGGUAUUUCACGUGAGACAUGAUUUGUACAACAACUAACAUUAUUGAAAGUAACUCUUUUCCAAGAUAUUAACGUUUUCUGUUGCAUAUAUUCAAACUUCCUUCUUUCAAAAAAAAUCAUUAUCUACUUUAUUUAAAGUGCAUAUCAAACAUUACUGUAUCAGUUCACGGUAUGAAAGAAUGGCAAUCUCCAUCUUGGCGCUUUGGCUCAGCUGCCAUACGUGUUUACAUUUUGAACAACAAAAGCCGGAGUAGGAAUACAGCUUGAUCUAGUACUAUGAUCAAAACUAUUAUAGUGCGCAAUUCUAUUCUUUUAAAACACUGCUUGAUUUAGAAGCCUGUCAAAACUGAUAUAGUGUGCGAUUCUACUCUUGUUGGCUCAGAUUUUUCUUGUGAGAGGGAAAUUCCAAUUUUCUGUAACCAGUGAUAAAUAUAAACAUUAAUAUCAUGGUUAGGAGUUGAUUUCAGUAAUUUUUUCUGCAAGAAACAUGUUCUACAUGAAAUUUUGUAGAGGCAACAUUCUGAUGAAUGCAUCAAGUCGAACCUUGUCCAGCGCUCCAUUUUCAUCUUGCAAAAGAUUGUAUCUAGAAUGUAUCAAACUCUCUCUAAUUGAAGUGAUUAAUUUGUUUCCCCCGUGCAAUUACUUCAACUUCCAUUCUGAUAAAUUUCAAUAAAAUUAAGAAUUCACUCGCGCUGCCCAGGCCACUCAGACAGAUGUGCACCAUUGGUGUCUUCAAAUUUUUUGAGUUUUGGCUUUGAUAUUUUUCUUGUUUUUUUAUUUGCUGCAUUGACAUGUUUGUAAUCCAUGUCAUUCAAUUCGCCUUUUUGUGAAAUUACGUAGCUAUGUUUUUGGUGUUUUAUUUUAUCCUGAGUAAUUGUGCCUGCUUUUUUAUUCUCGGUUUUUCAAAAAAAAAUUUAGCACAUAAGUUCAUAGCAAGUUAGUUUGUUGUAGACUUUUUGCACGAUAUGAAAAUUUUGCUGCCUCAUUUUCCGAAAGAUUGAUGAACUAACCUCAGCAUAAACAGCCCUGAAACCUCUGCUUCCAGUUAGGCUGCGCUGGUUAUGACUCACUUGAUUCAACUACGACCCCACCCGACAAGUCUAAUCCCAGUCUAAUAAAAUAAAACCUGUUAAAUUGCGUCCAUUUGCUUGAUAUGAAUAUCCGCCAGACUGCUUUUGAUUUGAUUAUGGUUUGAUGCAUCUGCAUUGAGCCGCAGUUAAAUUGGGUGAGUUUGUACAAAAUAAUUGCAGCCUAGGAGAAUUGGAAACUUUAAACCUGCACAGUUCUUUCACCGCUAAGCAAUGGGCAUCAAGUAGAGAAACAAAAAUUCAGGAAGCUCUUAAAUGUUAAAGCAACGAAUUGGCGCCAGAAUUAAAAUGAGUGUGUAAGAGAGAGUUAAAAUGAGUACGUGUGAAAGGGUUGCUCAGAAAGUUACGCCUUCUUUUUAAUCCUUAGAUCCUGAAAAAUGUUAAAUAUACAAUUUAAAGCUUAUGUAUAGCAGACUGGUUCAAGCAUCUGUCACUCUUUCAAGAGCUUAAUUUUCUUAACAUUUUUCUGUGCUGCACAAUAACUUUAGAAGCUUGCCUCGUAUACCAGAAAAAUUGUUACUGUAAAGCCACCAGCUAAUUUUUCAAUCUGUUGGCAGUAGAGGUCAACUUCUAAACUGAUUCUGAGAAUAGGUGCACAGCAGAAUCCAACUUCCUUCCGACAUAGAAUUAGAGUAAAACCUCGAUUUAUUGGACUUGACAGAACAGACAAAUCGAUCCAUUAAAUCGUGGAAUCUGUCAUUUCGCAUUAGCUUGAAGCCCUUGAAGAGACCGGAAGAUCAAACUGUUAAUUCGCAGAAUCUGUUCAAUCGCGAUCCACUAAAUUAAGGUCUUACUAUCGAAAUUACCCCAUGAUCAAUCAAUUACUGAUAGAUUUCCAUUUGCAAUAUCAGAUGUCAUGCCAUUUUAGAAGCCAACAUGAGCCUAAAUUUUAAAGCAAUACAAAACGUUUUCUGGAUCACGUUUUCUCAAUUUUUUUUCUUAUCGGAAGCGAACCGAAGUUGAAUUCUGCAAUGCAUCUGUACGCUGUUGGAGUCUCUGUCUUUUUGUCAUUCACUCACAUCUAGAACUUACAUGGGUAUCUCUGCGUAAGUCUAGUGUGUCUGUGUUCACUCCCUUUAAAAUUCCGUUCGAAUCUUGUGUUCAUAGGAUUCUAGAGUCUCUUCAAACACGGAGAACUAUUAGUAACAUAAACAGUAUGUUUAUUUUAUUCAACUCUCCCGUCUCAGUUCCACCAAAAGUGUUUAAAAAGUCUGUACUGAAUUGUAGUUUGUGCAUGAGCUACACCACUGCCUUUUAAGUGUCAGGUCUUAUUUUCCAUUUGAACUUACUCCCAAGAAGAAUUGAUCUGGCCCCCUUCUGCUUUUAAAAUAUUCCCUAUUUGAUGUAUUUUCAGGCAAUGGAGAGAGAUAAAGAGCUUCUGAGGGAUCGAUUAUAUAAUAAGUAACGCACUUCUUCUUCAGCAUUUCGACCCGAAUGAUCUCUCGCAACUGAAUUACCCCCUUACUCAAGUAUAAAUAUCUAAUGCUGAAAAUUGCAUCUGCUUUCAUUUUUCUUCCAAAAAUAAUGCAAAACUUUUUUGAAAGAAUUCUCAAUGAUGAAGCGAUGAUUAUAUCUGAAUGAUCUCAGUCUCCCCUUUUCCGGAAACAAAUCUGUAAUUAUUCGUUUGAUUGACCUCUAAGAUAAGAUUGUACUCCCAACUUGCAGUGUUAACAAUGAGUUAGGAUUCGUUGAGUUUUUAAUGACAGCAAUUCAUCUAAUCCGUGAUAAAAUUGCAAGAAUUAUCAACAUGUGAACAAUUAUCCUCAAUUUUAUUGCGAAAAAAUAAAAGUUUUUCCCCAAUAUGAAGUUUCUGUUUAAUUGCAACAAAAUUGAAGAUAAUCGUUCAUAUGUUGGUGAUUCUAAGGAUUUGAUAAAAUUACAAUAAACCUGUAUAUAAAUUGCAAUUAUUCUAUCGACAAAUGCUAUUCGGGUUCAGAGAUUAAUUUGUUUCCUGUUGUGCGUUACGUAUAAUUGAGGCGGUCCCUCAUAAGCAUUAAACAGUUUUUGAUAGUAACUUGCUUCCCAACUAUCACGCAAAAAGAUGAAGUAGUUUAAGUUGAAUAAAUCUAAGAACAAAGGCACGCAAUCACUCAAGGCUCCAGUAAUCCUAUUUUUGUAAUAUGCUUAUCUUUUGGCUGAUCUAAUUUCCAUCCCAAUUCAAGUAGGCAGGGUCAGAAGCCUUUCCCCGCUUUGUUUCAAUGUGUACUUUGUAUCAUGCAUUUGGGCGCCAAGAGUUAAAAGUUCAAAAAGAAGAAGCUUAUUUCAUACGAGCAGCUGUGAAUGGAUUAAGGGUUGAGACUAAUGUUUAAGUCAUGCUUGCCAAAAUCUGCAAUUCAAUAAAUCCUUUUUCUCUGUAAAUGAGGGUUUUUCCUCUCUGUGCUCAAUGAUAAAAAUGAAAAUAUACCUCACUCACAGCGUUCAACUGAAAUGUGAAAAAUUGAUAAGUAAACUCUUGAUUUUUAAGAACACCCAUCUUACUUUGUGUAAGAUAACCUGUAUAUUAGAAACGUAGCUAGUAUGAAAAUUAUAUGUUAGAAGGAAAAUUUCACAGAACCUCGAAAGUCACAUAACAAUUUAUCGUUCACUUGCCCAUCUCCAAAGCACUGAUGCAAUCCUUUCUGGAAAACUAGUUCAGUUUUACUGAAACCAUCUGUAUAUAAUGCUUUUAUUUUUGAAACUGUCAUCUAAUACACUUUUUUAUCCAUAUUUUUCAAUAAAAUGUUACUAAUUUUAUUUGAAA